UUUAUACUUUUAGAUUUAGGUAAAUUUGGUGUCAAAUGUUUGUCCUUAUGCUCUAGUGUUAGUCUGCAUUAGUGUACUAUAUUUGAUCCAAACAGUGUUUUGAUAGUUGCAGUGUUUGAGGAAACAGAACCUGAACAGAAUCAAAUGGAAAGUGCAUUUCUGCCUAGAUGAAACUUUUUGUAGCCAGGAAUCUCUUUAAUUGCAAUAUAAAUUCCCCAGACCCCAUCAGUAAAUUUUUCUUUUAUUUAAAUGUAUUUAAAUGCAUGAUAACAUCUUGUCUAUUUAUUAGAGCUAUAGAGCUUUUUAUUCCUGAACAUUCCACUGACAAAACACAUAAGGUCCAAGUUGACAUUAUUUGUAAACCUAUUAGUUUUCGAGUUAUUGAAGUUUGGAUUAAAUCCAUUCAUUUCAAAGGACCAGACAAACAGGCUAAUCAUUAUAAGAACUCAAUCAUAAAUCUAACUUUGUUAAUGGUGGGUUGUGGUUUCCACAGCUGUAACUAAAAUUUUAAAAAGUCUCCAAACCCUAGUUUGAAAAUCACUAGACUAUUCACUUAUGACAUAUUGCAUUAUGACAUAUCUAUUAUUGGUUUGUUGCAUGUAUUUUUAAUUUUAGCAAAUUAAGUAAUUUCAGUCCUUCCCAUUGCCUUAGAAUUGAAUUAUUGAUAAGGUUAGCUAGAUGACCUGUUGAUGGGUUAAUACCUGAUUUGUUCCAGUUAUUUACUCGUCUUCAUGUGGUGAAUUAUCAUAUGCUGUUUGUUCAGUUAUAGAGAUGAACUCUGGCAUUUCACAGUUGGGAAUUUAUUUAUAAGACAUUUGUCAAAUAGAUUGACACUUUCUAUUGAUUAUAUAUUUAUUUAUAAUUUAUAAUUACCAGUUCAGAUUUAGAGCACAUGCAGUUAAUUUUGUUUACCUGCUUCAACUUGGCAUGCUACAACUGCUUGUGCACAUAACCUAUUCAUAUAGAUUUAUACUUUUUCAUAUAGAUUUGAAAUUGUAUUUAUGCCAAACUAUGCUAGAGAACCUGAAAUGUCUCAUAGGCUUUGUGCAGCAUCGAUUUAUGGCUGUGCAGCAUGCUGGAGGUGCCAUUAAAGAAUCUCAAGAAAUAGUUGUAUAAUAUUGCUUAGGAACCGGGUUACACAACGGUAGUGUCGGGUUAUGAAAGUGUCAGCAGAGCACUUGUAUCCAUUCUGACCUGUGUGACACACUGGCCCAAUUCCUGGCCCUGGCACAGCAUACUUUCAUCCUCUCACUUUCUGUACUCGGUUCCAAAGUGGAAACACUGGACACUAAUGGACAUAAAUGAAUUAAUGACCAAAGCUGAGAUCUAUAAAAGUAAUAAGCUAUUACGUAUGCAUGUCAGUAGGCGGCUGAAAAGAAAGAUGAGAUUUAUUUGUUCAAAAACAGAGAAGUGAUUUGUGAUCAUUUCCUCAGUAAGUACACAUCUCACACUACACAGAAGCAAACAGGAAAAACACAAACAUUCCCACAUGUUAAUUGCCUUUGGGACACACCCUUUGAAAGACAACAUAGUCAUAGAAACAGAAAUUCUGUAGAAACAUCUGUAGAUUUGGUCAAUGCUGGUGUGCAUAAUCCAGUGUUUUGAGUUUUGGUGCAUCCCUUCUUAGAAAAGUGUGAUAGGUUCUGGUAAUAAUGAGGAAGUGGUACGUGCUGUACCUAUGAACACAAAUGUUGUGUAACAGCUAUUGGUUCAGUUACAUAAGCGUCCCUGCUUCUCAAACCUAGCCCCAUGUCAGCGUGUGUGUGUGUGUGUGUGUGAGUGUGUGCGUGCAUGUGCUUGCCAGCAGGGUUUCGGAACAAGCUCAAAAGUAGUCCAUCUUAUUAUGGGACACUUAUUUUGGAAAAAGGGAGAAACAUAAUCGCUUUUUCUCUUUUGAAUUGUCAUACAUUUCCUCACCAUAAUUACUACUGCAAUGAUCAUACUUUACCAUCUAACCCUGAGGAGAUACACCUUUUUAAGCUUAGAACCUGAAAGUCAGAUUUAUAAUAUGUCACUAUAGUAUUUUAAGUAAUUUUAGUGGUUUCGAUCAACAGUCUUUAUAGUUUCAGGUUUUAGCUUUAUUUACUUCAGUUCACUUCAGUUUUGAUUUUAAUGGAGCUUCUGAGAAGUUUCUAGACAGUUCCAGUGUUUCCAAAGGAGUCAGUUGAUCAUGAUAACUGAUAAUCUAGCUUAUGCUAAUAAAUGUAUUUGAUAAGAUGACCUUAAGUUUUUUCGUAGACAUAAGUACUUGUGAUUUUAUAGCUUACAAAACAUUAUGGGAUCUCACUGUCAAAAUGUACAGGAGAGGGGUACAAAAGAAUUUCCAAAACAUUAGAUGUAGCAUGGAACACUGUGAAGGCCAUUAUCAACAACGACCCAAAACACAAAUCCAAUUCAACAGAGGAAUGGCCACAGAAGAAGAAGAUCAACAUAUAACCUCAGAUCAGGAUCAGAGUGUAGGCUACAGCUGUGAAAAUGAAUCUCAGGGCAGUGAUCCUUUGCGAUGGCACUGUGGUCUUCCCUCUUCCUCUCCCUCGGGUGAGACACCAGCACGGAUGCCAUCUUGCCCUCUGCCUCACCUGGAGGGCCGCAGUCCGAAUCUUGGCCUGGACAACAGCAAGAAGAGAAUCUCAAAACCUGCUCACAUGCGGAGGAACAUCAGGAAGCUGUUGAAAGAGCACCACUUGGAUGCGGUAACUAAAGUGGCCCAACUUGAAGAGACUGAGAGACGCAAGCGCCUGGAUCAACAGAGGAACAACUUUACUGUAGCUCCCGAGCUUGUGUACACACACACACUAGGGGAUCUACGUGUAAGUGUGACUUAUGGCUCCAAGGAAAGUGCAGCAUGUGUGCAAACAAGCAACAGCAGUAACGCACACAGCACCGAAGUGUCAGUGCUCCAAACAACUGCCCCUACAAGAGACCAAAGUUCUGUUGAGAACACCACCUCAUGCUUCAUCAGCAAAUCAGCCAAUGAGGAUUAUGGUGAGAGCAGUGGUGUGCAUCUAAACGAUGCUGUCAACCAACCAGAUGCUCAGGGGCGAGUCCUCAUCAACGUCAAUCACCCAGAGGAUGAAACUGACAUCUACCUCUCCCCUCAACUUGCCCGUAUCGUCAAACCUCAUCAGAUUGGGGGAAUCCGGUUUCUGUACAAUAACCUGGUUGAGUCACAGAAGCGUUUUAAAAGCACCCCUGGUUUCGGCUGUAUCCUGGCUCACAGCAUGGGCCUGGGUAAAACUCUACAGGUCAUCUCUUUCAUCGACAUCCUGCUGCGCCACACCGGAGCUCACACCGUGCUCGCCAUCGUCCCUGUGAACACACUACAUAACUGGUUGGCGGAGUUUAAUCUCUGGGUCCCGCCUGCUGAAGCUCUGCCACCCGACAAUGACCCUGGCCACAUUACGCCACGCACUUUUAAGGUGCACAUCCUCAAUGACGAGCACAAGACCACAAGCAGCCGUGCGAAGGUAGUCGAAGACUGGUACAGAGACGGUGGUGUGCUGCUAAUGGGCUAUGAGAUGUACCGCCUACUCUCACUCAAGAAAAGCUUUGUCACUGGGCGAAAGAAGAAGAACACAAAGCCACAUGAGCCAGUUAUUAUUGAUGUAGAUAAGGAGGACCACCAGCAGGUGCUAAUGAAAGGCAUCGAGAGGGCUCUUGCUCAGCCUGGUCCAGAUGUGGUGGUCUGUGAUGAGGGUCAUCGCAUUAAGAACUGGCAUGCCAGCACCUCACGGGCUCUGAAGGCCAUUGGGACACGGCGGCGGCUAGUGCUGACUGGCUACCCACUGCAAAACAACUUGUACGAGUACUGGUGCAUGGUGGACUUUGUACGUCCCGGCUUCCUGGGCACACGGCCCGAGUUCAGCAACAUGUUUGUGCGGCCCAUCCUGAAUGGCCAGUGUAUGGACAGCACGCCUGAAGAUGUGCAGCUCAUGCGCUACCGUAGCCAUGUGCUACACAGCCUGCUUGAAGGCUUUGUGCAAAGACGUGGACAUGAUGUGCUCUGCUCCCAGCUGCCGCAGAAGCAGGAGCAUGUGAUUUUGGUGCGUCUGACGGCAUUGCAGCGCGCACUCUACGUUGAAUUCAUGAAUCGCUUUAGAGAGGCUGGAAAUACUGGCUGGCUUAGCCUUAACCCACUUAAAGCCUUCUGUGUCUGCUGCAAGAUCUGGAACCACCCAGACAUUCUGUUUGAGGCCCUUCAAAGGGAGAAUAUGGCCAGUGAUCAGGAUCUGGAUCUGGAUGACAUCACUGCCAGCAAUGCUCACUGCUCAGCCAAUCAGAGGGCUAAAUCCUGUGAAUCAGGCAGCAGUCAAGGAGAACUGACUCUAAGUCGACUGCAGGAGAAAACCAGUCAGGUUAUUACAUAUGAAUGGGCAAAAGACAUCAUGGCAGGCUAUAAGAAAGGCAUCUUAGAAAAUUCAGCUAAGAUGGUGCUAUUUUUUCACAUUAUUGAGGAAAGCAUCAAGAGUGGAGACAAGGUCUUGGUUUUCAGUCAGAGUCUAUCCACGCUUACAGUCAUUGAAGAAUUCCUGGUCAAGAGAACGAUGCCUGACUAUAGUGGAAGUGGUGUGAAGCAGACCUGGGUCCGCAAUGUCAACUACUAUAGGCUAGAUGGAAGCACCUCAGUUUCAGAGCGAGAAAGGCUUAUCAACCAGUUUAAUGACGUGACAAACAACUCUGCUUGGCUUUUUCUGCUGUCCACCAGGGCUGGCUGUCUUGGCGUGAACUUGAUUGGUGCCAAUCGUGUGGUGGUGUUCGAUGCCUCUUGGAAUCCAUGCCAUGAUGCUCAAGCUGUGUGCCGUGUGUAUCGCUAUGGGCAGCGCAAGCCAUGCCACAUCUACAGACUUGUGUCUGACUUCACCUUGGAAAAGAAAAUCUAUGACAGGCAGAUCUCCAAACAGGGAAUGUCUGAUCGUGUGAUAGAUGACUUGAAUCCGGUUCUGACAUUCACACGCCGGGAGGUGGAGUCUCUGCUGCACUUUGUGGAAGAGGAGCCUGAUCCGUUAGACUCUGCCCACCUACUCCACCCUCAGGAAGACAUGGAGACAGUCCUCAGGAAAGCCUGUAUGAGAUACCCCCACCUUAUCACCAAGCAACCCUUUCACCAUGAGUCCUUACUGAUGGACCGACAAGACCUCAAACUCACAAAGGAGGAGAAGCAAGCGGCCAAGAAGAGUUAUGAGAAUGAGAAGAGGGCAUCAGUGCCCUACACACGUCCAUCAUAUGCACACUACUACCCAGCUAGUGACCAAAGCCUUACCAACAUCCCUGCCUUCAGCCAGAGAAACUGGCGGCCUCCCUCACAGCCAGAGGCUAAACCAGCAGCCAGUAUUCACCUGGCACAGACAAACCUAACACCCAUAAUGCACCAGAAGGAAGGCCAGAAGGAAGACCAGAAGGAAAGCCAGGGUUCUGCCCCCUCCAUGAGAUUAGGUUCCAAAUCAGCUCUCAACUUUCCAGUCACCUACCUGCAGAAAGCAGGAGUCUUUGUACAGAAGACUGUCACCACUACAGAUAUUGUGAUUCCUGGUGCAAACAAUUCGUCAGAAACACAGACCAAGAUAAGUGCGGGCGAAAGCAUCCACAUCAUCAGAGGAACUAAAGGAACCUACAUUCGGACAUCGGAUGGAAGAAUCUUUGCCAUCCGUGCUGUGAGAAAAUCCAGACAAAGUGAAGAGAGUACAAACACAAAGAAAGACGUGCCCCCCUCACUGGAGAACUCCAUCAGUAAGAGCACCAGUUGUAGUGUGUCCCCUGAUGACAUGCCAAAAGUCUUAACUCCCAAAGCCAUGACUCGACCUCUCUCCCCAGAUACACCAGAAAUCCUAAGUGAGCUUCAGUGUUACACCAAAGUGCCAUCUCUGCCUCCCUCAGGAGUGGCCAAUCCAGAGACAGCCUCAGAAAAGGGAGUUAUGAUUCUGCCUCAAAACAGCACUGCCUCACCAGGCAUGGAGGUGCCCCUGGACCUGAGGGGCACAAAGCGCAAAUCCACAUCACCUUCUACCAAUGAAUAUUCUUCCAAGCAGCCAACUCCAGAGCAAAGAGGUUCUGUUCCACCUUCUGGACAUAAUUAUCCAUUCACAGGCACUUACGGCUUAAAUUCCACCGUCAACCCAGGUGUAAACCGUGCACUUCUGAGCUCCCUCAACUCUGUGUGGUCACCCUACUUCCAACCUCAAGUUCCUAUAGCUGAGCACCAACUCAUGUUCCAGAUCUCUCCAGAUACCUACAACCUUAGAGACAGGGCUUUGCCCAGCUCCUCCCCAACAUCCUCCAGCAUCACCUCUAGUACCGCAGCAACAUCCUCCUCCUCUACUUCAGUUCCUUCAUCGUGCCUGGUGAGGCAUGAAGUACCUGGGAUGUUGGCUCCAACGUUCCUGUCCCGAUAUGGGCAACCACUGGGUAUGUACUCAUCCACGCUAAUGCCUCAAGGGAUUCCAGGGCAGGCAGGAUCUAGCUUCCUGCCUCAGUAUGCGUCCUCUGGCCCACAAGGUGGCGCUAAUGAGUCUUGUCGUGUCGCAGAAAAUGGAGCACCAAGACCUGAGGACAAUGAACAUAUUUGUGACAAUCAUGAUGAUGUAAUUGCAAUGAUGGACCAGUGAGAGAAGACCCAUGUUGCAGAUGUGGAAAAAUUUUUUGAUUAUAAGAACUAAGACUUUGAUUGGACAAGAUGGGACAUCUGCAAAUAUUGGCUGUAACUUGCUGCAAGUUUGAGGCUGCCUGUGGAGAGUGUGGGGGAUUCUAACUACAAAUGUGGACGAAGUGAAAAAAAAUCCUUAUGCUGAAUAUUUUAUUUAAAAACAGAAAUGUGAAAGAGUGUUCAAACAGGUCUCUGAGGAAAGUGAACUACGGACUUUCUUCAAGCUACUGUACAUGUUGAGGUUUACCAAAACCUGCACCGUGUGGGAAUCUGAGAGCUUUCAUCUGAAGGAGUUUAGAUGUUAUUUAUCAAGCGAUGGUACAGAUAAUUAACCUGGUGAGUAAGUUAGUAAGUCAGACUCAAACAAAUGUUCAAAUAUAAGUGAUUGUUUGAUAAAUGUCAUUUAUUUGUGCCGUGAAAGUGGCUGUUAUAGUUAUGACCCAAAGACAGGUUAUGAAAUAUGACCAUCAACCAACAAGAGAGUAAGAUACAGCCUUGAGCAGGGGUGGAAAAUACUUGAGUAAUUGUACUUCCUUACUAUACUAAGUAUUAUUUUUGGCAUAUUUAUAUUUUACAUUCCCAGGAAAAAAAACAUAGUUUAUGCUGUACAUUUUCAUUUAGACAUACAAAGUACUUGUUACAAAUCAGCUAAUGACUAUCCUAUACAUCAAUCGAAUGGGCACCGUUUAGCAUCCAAUCAAGUUCAUCAAUGGAGAAAAACUAUUAAGAAAUGCCAGUUCUUCAUUUCCCAUUAUCUUCUCAUGCUACACAAUGUAGUUUGCGCUAUAGCUAUCCUUCUGCAUCUCAAUAUGGAUAAGCCACAAGACUGCAGUGUCUAACUUGACUUGGAUGAGCACCCGAGACCUACCUCAGUGAAAUAUUUCCAUAUGCUAGAGGGAGCAAAGACUUGUAUAAAAAAAAUGAGGUGUCUCCUUUGCCUCCAUAGAAGAUAUGAACUCCAUCUUAUUUGAAAUUAUCUCUAAUUUGCUAACAUUAACUCGUUAUAUUUAAAUAAGUUAGUAUGUUUUCUUUGCUAAUGUCAAGUGAGACUAGCAUCAAUUUCAGUAGGUUAACAUACAUAAAUUGACUAGACAGCAAGUAAAAUUCUUAAAUAUAAAAUAUUGGUUAUUUACCAAAUAAUUACUGAAUAAUUCAUUAGCAAACUACAUAGUGUUAUUCAAGCAUAUGACUAGCAAACUUACAGAGAUUGAAUGAUGUUUCAGGCAAAAUAGCAUAGUUGCUUGAAAUGAAAGUCAUCUUUGAACUGUUUUAGAUACAUAAUAAAAGUUACAUUUCACAUAAAAACAUGACAUUAACUUAAUUUCAUCAGUUAAAUUUACUUUUUAUUUUUUAAAUUUUUGAGUACAACUAUUUUACUUUCACUUGAGUACAUUUUUGGCUGGAUACGUCUACUUUUAUUGAGUAAGAUUUCGACACCUUUUCUAUAUUUUCAUUUAAACGUAAUUUCUCAGUACUUUUUCCACCCUUGGCCUUGACGAAUUAAAAACAUGAUGUGAUAUGAGACGUGUCUAUAGCCAUGACUGAAUGGAAAUUCCAUUAAAAAUGCAGUGAUCUUAAACAUAAGAAUGUAUCUUUACUCCUGCCUUUGUCUCAGUCUUGCACAGGCCUUAGAGACAGACAUUAGACUGAAGACCAUGUUCGUUGUUGACUACAUGAAAUACUAACACACUCCCUUUUUAAAAAACGUCCAGUGAUGUCAACUGCUUUUGUGGACAUUUUAAACCUUUUUUAGACCGGUCACAAGUAGAUGAGCUCUUGCUACAUGUGAUCCAGUAUACAGGGAGGAGUUAUUUGUAUUUCCUAAAUGGCUUGUAUUAAAAUCGCAUGACACUGAGCUCACAUGAAUGAAUGAACAUGUGUGUGCUGAAACUCUGAUGCCUUGUGCUGCUGUCUCACUGAAUGUAUUGGUGAGAGUGAAUAGUUCAGGAGCAUGUGUGCUCCAAAUUUCAGCCUGUAGAGUGAAUAGCUCAAGUUUAAACAUGCUAACGUUGCCUAGGCUACUACAUGUGGGACACUUUUUUUUUAAAUACCUUUUGCACUGCCUGUCUGCUCAACCAUUCAUCGUCUUUUUUCUGUAAUGAUGCACUAAUGUUAUUAAAUUAGCAAAGAAAAUCAAUUGCUUUGUGUAAAUGACAAAUAAAAGAACCAAAAUUUGGUUUUCCUCUGCCAAACCUUUUUCACUUAACCAGAUCUGAUAGAUUCCAUCCCAUCGUUUAUUACCUGGGGGAAACUGAAAUGAUUUGAUUGGUUAAUAACUUUUGUUUCCAUUUCUAAAAAUAUCAAGAUUUUUGUUCGAGUUUGAAUUUUAACAAACUCAAGGCCUAAACUUUUACACCAAAUAAGAAUACUGCAAAAGUGGUAUAGUAUAAUGAGUAAUGCUAACACCAUCUUACCUCAUUUUUAUACUUGUAUGUGGCAUUUCCUGUUGUGUUUACAGGCUCACCUGUUUCCCACAUCGCUCCCUUUCGGCAUAAAUAUUCACGUUCUUUUUGCUUUUGCUAAUCAGACAACUGUUCAGGAAAUUGUAUCUUAUUAUGUGACAUUGUUCUUCUGAUCUAGACAUUUGAUGUCAAUCUGUUCAUUUGUGCUAAUUAUUACACUUUACAUGUUCUUUUCCUUGUUCAAAAAUUUAUCAAAUUAAUUUAUUAUAUUGAUACAUAUUUAUUCAUUCUAUUUUUAUUCUGGAAGGUUUUUUUUAUGUGGGUUUAUGUUCUCAUAGUCAAAUGAUUGAAGAGGUGUGUGUGUGUGUGUGUGUGUAUGUGUGUGUAAGUUUAAAUGUGUUUGCCACUUGGCUGAAGCAUGUGAAACUUACUCGCCAUUGAUCCAAGGUUUGUUAUGAUUGGUUUAGCUUAAAUUAGCGUAAAUCAUUGAUAAGCGUUUUUCGAAUGUCCCAGCGUUCCACUUUCUUUGCAUACUACUUUUGACUUGAGGUAUUUUAAUUAUAGAAUGAAUUUAGUGUAGGGACACAUGUUUGUUUAAUAAGGAAUAAAACUUCUGGUUAGAUGUAUAACUCAGUGAAAGCGCUGAAAAGAAAUCAAACUGAAACUGGUUGUUCAAUUUGCUCUGUGUAGUUUUUUUUUUUUUAGAAUUGUAAAUAAAAAAGGAUCAUGCUUUAA